AUGUAUGCGGCACCCUGUAGUCCGUCUUCCUCCAUCUUUAGCGAGAUGCUCGAACUAAAUGCAACGAGAGUUAGUAGCAAAAGAGACUAUUCGGAAGAGGAGCAGUUGUCAAUAGGAAGUUACGAUGCUGCGAAGAGUUCGCCCGUGUUUUUUGGCCGUUAUGGGCAUAAACUCUCCGAAUCUGUCGCUGAAAUUCGUGAAGGGGAUGAUGGUGCAUCAACGAGAUCUUCCAUGUUUCCAGAGUUCGAUCCUUCUUUUAGCCAUCCAGCGGCCUUUGGUUAUGUUUUACUGGACAGGAAACCGGUUCCACCAAAGCAAGAAUCGCCUCCUUUACCUGACCCGAGAGAGAGUAAGACAAGAAAGCUAAAAUAUAUCUUUUAUAACAUAGGUGUUCGACGUCAUUAUUCAUCGCCACCAGGUACAAUAGAAGCAGGAGCCGAACAUGGACAAAUAUCCACUAAUUCGAUUCGUUUUAAUACACAGUCCUUUACUCCUUUCUCUAUUGAAACCUUCUGACAUGCAUGAUUCCUAAAUCUUGCGACCACUGUAGAGAGGCUGUCUAAUAGCUACAGGAGGAAGAUUGUGAAAAAGCCUUAAGCGAACGGAUCUUAGAUCAAAACAAAAAUAACGGAAGAAUGUCGUAUUUAAAUUUAUCGGUGCUAAAACUAACAGAAAAGAGGUUAUAUGGAAGCCAGUUGUUUUCCAAAUACAGAAAAUCGUACAUUCUGGUUUAUCAUUCUUAAAAUACUGCGCACAGUAUUUUUUGAGGUAGACCCAAACGUUCUUAAAUUUCCUCCAAUAAUUUCUGUUCCAUUUGAUUCUGCUUACCUGACUUUUCUGUUGACUGUUUUGCUUUUAGAAUUUUUCCAGUUCUUGGAUGUUUAGGAAGCGUUUCCCAGGAAAUUUCUGCUCCAUUUACUCUGGCUUUAAAAGUUCAAAAAUUUUACUUUUCAACUGAAUGUUCCACCUAUUAUUUGUUUGACAGCUACUUCUAAGAAUUGCUUAUAACCUGGAUGUAAAUUGUUUUUCACCCUUUUUUCAGUCAAAACAGUGCAAUGAAAAUCCUUCAUUGAUGGUUGCAUUAGCUUUCCUUUUUCAGUUGCACUAAUCUUUUGUUGCUCGACUUUUGACUCUUGCGAGUUGAAAGAGAGAUGGAGCUUGCCUGCAGGCUGACAGUACACCAAAAGCGUUUCAUGGACAUACGUGUAAUUACUGGGCAGCUUGAAAGAGUUUCCCCGUCUCGUAUAUUUUAAUAUUUUACUUAUCCAGCUUAUUUUAAUUAUUUUAAAACAGAAAUUAUACAUUAGUGAGCAAUAAAAGCAAAAUGUAAGAUUGUGCUUUCUGCUCUGUCAACAAGUAUCAAAAGUAUAAAGAAUCUCAAUGUAUUUUUAUUAACAUUUUUGUUUUGUUUUCUUUUGAUAACAGGUAGUCCAAGAGAAUAUCUUGAGGCUUACCUGUUUCCAGUUCUUUUACCAGCAAUUGAGCAAAUGCUGAAGGCUGCUAAAGAAAACAAAGUGUUUGAGGUUUGUCUGUUACACUGGAAUUACUGUUACUGUUAAGGCCGGGUCAUGUCAAAGCAGCUGGAGAGUGAAUCAAUGUUGUCCUAGUGUGUGCUUGCACAAAGCAUAGAAGAGCCAAUAUCAGCUGAGAAUGCAGCACACUUUUAUGUGUGAACCCACAUAAAAGGGAAAUAUAGUAACAGACAAAUUACCAUUUGGUUAGUUUCUAGUAAGAGAACUGGGGUACCAUAAUCCUGUGCACUCAACUAUUUAUAAUAAUUGGGGUAAAUCCAUUGAAAAAAUGAGAGUGGGCAUUAUUAUUUAAUUAGGAGGUAGGAGAUCUUUUGGCUUUUUCACCUGCUCUCACUUUGCACAGUAGAUCUAUCCAUGAUGCCCAACAGAAUUUGUGCUGAGGAUUUAAGAGCUGUGGCCCUGCAGUGGCGGUAGAGCAAAGUUACCCAUUUUUGAAAUGUUAACCCAACUGAUUACAAAAUCCACUAGCCCUGGGCUAUCGGACACGACUUUCUUUGCACGCUGUUAAGUCAGUAGAUUUUAACUUUUCCAAUCAAAUUGUAGAAUUGCCAGUCCACAGUGGACUGCACUGCAUUAUUUUGAUUGAAAGAUAGUUUUACACUGAAAGCACUUAAAUAUAACAUUUAAAAUUCUGAGAGUCUUGUUUUUUUGGAAUUCUCUUUGACCUCUUCUAAGUCAUUCCAGCCAUCUGCCAUCAUCCAUCACACGUUGUCAUUAAAUGCAUAUAUACAUGCAUCUUAAUAAUGUGUCCACCUGUUUUUCCACUAUAGAGAAGAAGAACAAAAUUCAAUGCGUGUGACUUCCUUACAGAGUACUUAUUCAGGUUUGUUAUCACUUUUAGAGUUUUUAAAUACCAUCACUGUGAAAUCUUGUAACAGGACAAAGGAAAUUGUUUUGGUAAAAUAAAUGAUUUUAAUAUGUAGGUGUUGGAAUUCUCAUUUCUCCUUCUCCUUGCAAUAUUAGAUGACACAUCAUCAAACAGCACUAAUCUAUGGAACAUAUUGGUUUACAUUAGUUAUUCUCUUCUCAGAAAUAACCCCAGAUACAAGGAUAGAACAAAUGUGGUGCUUGAAGACAUUCCUUUUGUGCAAGCAAUACUUGCGGAAAAGUAAGUUCUCUGAAGUGACUGUAAGUACUUAUGUCCAGAAAUUGUGGUAGACUUGUUUUUAAUUGAUCGGUUUAUUCAUGCUCAUUUCAAAUAAACCGGGAAAAUAUUCUUACAUUCAAAACUCUUUACAACAGCCACUUGGGGGAGAGGGGUAAGUGGCCAUUGCAGAGAGGUCAGAAGGAGUGGGGAAGGGUAAAAUACUAAAAGAAAAAUAUUCUUCUGAUAGUUGGUAUUAAUGUGCAACACAAUCAAAAUGUGUCAGUAAAACAAACACCAAGUGCUACUAGCAAGACCAGUCUGUUCCAGGCUCCAAGAUAGUAAUAUGUGCAGAGAUCUUGAGAAGUCAGGGUGCAAAGAAAAUCAUUUUUACAGCUUGUCAUCUGGGCAAGCUGAAGCUAGCAUUUACUAGUGCAGACAUCAUUUCAGCUAGCCCCAAAAUCUUUUUGACUGGUAGAAUUGAUUUCACAGUUCUUCUGUUAUUUGAAUUCCUCAAAAAACAUCACUUGCCCAUCGGGCAAGUUAAAAACAGAAUUCACUAGCCCAAUAGCAAAAAUCCAUUAGUGCAGGGCUAUCGGACACUACUUCUUUGCACGCUGAAAGUGGUGCAAAAAAUGCACAGAGGAUCCCUGGGGAGAGAGCCACUGCCUUCUUCCCUCAGAUCAUGUGCAUGUUAUUUUUGCUUAGCUUGUUUUUGUAAUGUCCCCCCGGCUACCGUCUGAUAAUCUGGAACAGGCUAUAACAAAAAAAAUGUCACCAAAACAAAGUGAGUAAUGUAUAGUGUGUGCAUCAGUUUCUACAUCAUUUCCUGUUAAAUGACCAUUUUCGAGAUGUGGCCUCUAAGGCGGAUAUUUCCUGGCCCCAGUUGUUCAAAAAGUGGAUAGUGCUAUCCACGAGAUAAAUCUGUACAGAUAGUGCAGUUGGCUUUCCCUAAUACUUAUUUACUAGGUAGUGAUUUAUCUGAUGGAUUGCGCUAUCCAGCUUUUGAAUAACUGGGGCCAGGAUGGCAAAUUAAUGCUCUGUAUAAAUAGAAAUCACUAAGUUUCCCUAGCCCUUAUCCUCACUUAAACGCAAGUCAUAUAGAAAUAUGAAAUAUUUAUGUCUGAUUUGAUAUUCCGAGUUUUCUUGCAUGGUUGGACAUAAGUGUACUAACUACUAAGGAAAGGUUGAUAUAAGAGGAAAUGUGUGGACAUUUGUGGGCUUUUAUGGGAAGGUUUGCCAUUCAGUGGAGGUUCAUAUUGUAAUUAUAAAAAAAUGGUACUUACACCUGAACAAAAAAUAUCUUUGUUAGUAAAAUCGAUCUUUACUGAAUGUUUAUUAUUUCCUGUUUUAGUCCUCGUCCCCCACUGCCACUCUCAUUGUUACUGAGCGAUGAAGAAGCAGCUAUCAUCAUUCAGUCAUUUUACAGAGGCUAUCUGGUAUGUGAUUAACUGGCAGGUUAACAAAGUUGAUUCAAGUUGGAUUUCUUUUUUGCUAGUAAAUGUCUUUUCUUCCCCCAUGGAGAAUUUUUAACUUCAUAUUUUGGUGAAAAGGUCUCUUGUUGAUUACAGAUGCGAAAACAUACUCUUGCACUAGUGACAGGUCUAGGGUGAGGUCGGAGAGGUCCAGACCCCUUAAGAUCUAGAUAAUUUUGGGGUACUCACAUUUAUGGCAAACAGCAAACUUUAGAUUAAGGUUGCAGCAACUGAAACAUAUACAGGGUGCAAAGAAAGUCAGUUUUACAGCCUGCCAUUCGGGCAAGCUGUAGCUAGCAUGUACAUGUACUAGCCCACAAGUCAUUUCAACUAACCCCAAACCCUUUUUGAUUAGCAGGAUUGAUUACCAUCCUUCUGUAAUUUGAAUUUCCCCAAAAAAUUAGCUUGCCCGUCGGACAAGUUAAGAACAGAAUUCACUAGUCCGAAAGGAAAAUCCACUAGCCCCGGGCUGUCGGACACGACUUUCUUUGCAUGCUGCUUGGUAACUAGCUUCUGGCUGGGAGGAUUAAUUACCUUGUCCCAGACCCUGUCCGACAGAAUGGGCAACCUGCUUCAGUGGGUUGCCUCAACUAUCACAUCAACGUGUUUAAAAUCAAUUGAGAGAUUAUACAUAAACAGGAGGGUCUCCCUGCGCUCCUACCUGAGUUACCCCAUCUCCAUGUCAGGCCCUUUAAAAUGCAUUCUAUGUACCCAAACCCGAUCAAAAUGUCGUCAUUUUGAUAACAGGUUCGCAAACAGCCUGAAGUUCAAGAAUUAAGGGAAUACCAGAGAGAAAUGAGAAAUGUAAGUGUAUCUGUUUAUAUUUUUACACGCCCUAACCUUCGUGACAGGUGUUGGAAAGGGAGGGUGAAAGGGAAAAUCACGUCCAUCGCGUUUUUUCACGCCUCGUUUGCCGAUUUCCCCCUCCCUUUUCAGCUCUGCCGUAUUCGUUCAGUGUACAGUGCAUUAGUAAAUCCACAUUUCGAUUACUAUAGAGGGGUGGGGAUUUUUCUCUGAGUGGCCCGUCCACACGAAUCUGAAUAUUUUGAAACCUAAUGAUAUUUUUUUACACAAAUCGGCCUUGCCUUCUGAAGUGAACCCGCUGACCAACAAAGCGGCUUUUUUAAACCUCGGUGGUUUAAGGCCCGGUCUAGGCGAAUGCGUGUGCGAAAAAAUGCGGUUUCAACAAUGCGGGAUUCGUAUGGACUGGGUCUGAGAGCCCUUUCUUCAAAAUUUGAAGGAUCGUAACAUUUCAAAAGUAGUACUGCGUGAAACUCGUCCACCAACGCCUAGUUACUACAGCAGUUAUGAUGUAUGAUAUUCUAGAUAUGUGAGUAGUAACUUAAAACAUGAUUGUACAUUCGCCUUUCCACAUCCAUGUACUGAUGAUCAUUGUAAAUGAAGUACACAUUUUACGGCAGUAGAGCUCUGUGCGUUAGAACAGAUGGCCGCUAGAUAUCACACGGUCGCCAUUUCUCCUCUAAAUCUAAACCUAAAUAUGGGUUUGUCGGCAACAUCCACUAAGGACAUCACGCCAACUCUAAAACACUAAAAAUAUACAAGGUGGUAAUAGACGCUAAAACUGCAAAUAGUCUUCUUGAUGAAUUUAAAUCCCAGUUCAAAAGUCUCUCAUGAGUUUUUAGUUUUCUUUCUACAUGAUUUUCUUGAAAAUCAGGUUUUCUUAUUAUUUCUAUUUUUACUAUCUAUUUAGUUUUUGUGUUCCCAGUCCUAAGAUAAUUACGAUUACUGCUUUAUAGAAACUGCCUUUUAUGAUUCUGGUAUUGCAGGAAGCUGUCGACAUUUUUCUUAAAGUUGAAGACUUCUGGAAGAAACACCCUGUUGAAGAAGCAGAGGAAGAAACGGAAAAGGCGAUCACUUAGCGGCCGAAAUAGUGCAAUGUCAUCUGAAUAUGGUGACAUAUUACAGCUAUUUCAACGGCUGAGCAAAUUUUUUAGAAAGAAAUUUCAAAACCUCCAUAAAAUCUAAGCAAACCGUAUUCCUUUUGACCAAAAAGUUCUUAUUUUGUAUAUGCGCUGAAUUUGGAAUAUUACAGUCUGCCUUUUUGUUCAAACUUAAUUUUCUGUCCUAGUCUUGCAAUCAGCAGCCUCUUUCUAUUUUAGCCAAAUUUUUAUCUCACGAGAGAUUAUUCUUGUUAACCAAUUUUU